CUCCCGCAUGCAGCUCCAGCACACAGCCACCAUCUUUGGGAAGAGCUUCCCCUUGCUGGACCUGUCGGUGUCAGCCAGGCAGGUUGGGCCAGGGCUGGUCUUCCUCAUCUUCAAACAUGCGUUCCUGGGCCAUGGGAUCAUCCUGCAGACAGUGACGCCCCUGGAGCCUCUCCUGCAGAAUGUGGUCCACAAAAUCUAUUACCAGAAGAACGUGCCAGCCAUCAUCCCCAAGUUCAUCCUGAGGGCAGAAUGCAUUCAGUUUGAGCGAGAUGUGACCAUCUGGAACAACAAGCAGUACCUGUCCAAGCCACUGCUGGUCUGCGAGGAUGCUGGCAUCCAGAAGCACCGGCGCUGGUUUGCACAGUUCUACAGCGAGAGGAGCACGCGGCCGUCAGUGCCCAAAGGGGACCUGGACUGGUGAGGGCUGCGGUGCCCUGCAGAGCACUGAGCAGAACAAGGAGUGUCGUGUGGGCACAAGGAGCCCCGGCACUCCUCUGUGCACCCACUGUGCUCAAGGCACCGAAGCCCUGAUGGCAUUCCAUGCUUGCUGUUGUACCUCUGCUGUCAUCUGUGAGCGGAGCACAAAAUUAAGACUGACAAAACUGCCUCUUCGUGCCUCUCUCUGGGUAGGGAAAAUGCUUUCCGUGUGACCCCCUUCUUGCACCACGUUUCCCAGCUGUGCUUGCUGCUGCUUCUGUACCCAUCUCCUCACCUUGGGCGGGUUCCAGCACCCUGGGGAAGCCUUGGCCAACGUUUGUGUGGCCCCAGAGGUGUGACUGCAAAGCCGGCAGGCGUCUGCCAUCCUCCCUUCCUCUGACAGAGGCAGAGCAGAGCAGCAGGGUUUCAGCAGCCCACCAUGCUCCUUGGGUGGGCUUCCUUGGUCCCACUGAGCUCUGCAGGAGGGAUCUCCCCAUUCAGGCAGCAGGGGGACUGUCCCAAUGAGUGAUUCACGUUGUGAACACCUCUGCAGGUCAAGGACGUGCUUUGGAAACCCCUGCAUGCCAGCAAUGCCAUGGAUGCACAGUUGGCUGUAAAAAUCUGUUAUUCAUGGCAAGAUCACAGAUGUCACUGUCACAGUGAUCAGAAAUGAAGCCUAUUGGCUUCAUGGAAACCAGGCUGCAAAUCUGGCUGAAACUGAUCUACACUCCCUUUUGCUUUAUGCCUAUGUGUUUUAUAUAAAGGGUUAAAUUCUGCCUUGCUGCACAGCAUAGAGAUAGAUGUAUUCUCUAUAGAAAGAGCCUGCCGGAUUCUGGCAGCUACUCAGUGCCACAAUCCAGCAAGAGCCCUCGCCCAGUGUGAGCGCCUUUCCAAGUUGGUGGCUGUUUUGCUCAUAUGCUGUGCAAUUCUUUGUGCCUUCAGAACUCUGCACUGUGCUGAGGUUUCUGGUUCCUCCUUUACCAGUAGCCCACAGACCAGGAGCAGCCCACUGCCCACUUGGCUAGCAGCUAACACUGUGCAGGCGGUGCCUUUGCCCUUCG